GCAGGAGUUGCUCUCAGGCACAGUAGCAGCUGCAGAGCAUUUUUUUCCCCAGCCUGUACUUUGUCAGGACCAGCCAACCAGUCCGUACACUGGGCAAAAAAGAAGGCUACUCUUGUGCUUUUUGGAGUGGCAUCUGAUCCUGUCUUCAUCAUAACCAAAGCUCUUCUGUAACGUGCCAGAGGAAAUGUCAGACCCAACAGAGGAACUCACCAACAAGCCCUUCGCGGCCCAGUUGUCCAAUGUUUACCUCAGCAUCUUGGCACUGUUCUGCUUUAAGCUCUUUGUUAAAAUUUCUCUUAACUUGCUGACAUACUUCUACAUUGUCCGUGGGAACCGUAAAGAGGCUGCCAGGAUAUCAGCAGAGUUCUAUGACUAUGGUCAACAGCACAGAUCCUGGGCGGACCGCUCACCCCUCCAUGAUGCUGCAAGUCAGGGACGCCUCCUGGCCCUGAGGACCCUCAUUUUACAGGGUCACAAUGUGAAUGUUCUGACCAUAGACCAUGUGACACCCCUCCAUGAGGCCUGUCUUGGAGACCAUGUCGCUUGUGCCAGAGCUCUCAUUGAUGCAGGAGCGAAUGUCAAUGCUUCUACAAUUGAUGGAGUCACCCCUCUGUUCAACGCCUGUACAGUGGGCAGCGUGGCGUGUGCUGAAAUUCUUUUGGAAAAUGGAGCAAAACCCCAGAGUCUUGUGUACCAUCCCUCACCCAUCCAUGAAGCUACCAGCAAAGGUCAUUAUGGUUGUGUGGAGGCUCUGGUGACUUGGGGGGCAGAUGUGGACAUGGACAUUCCUCACCUGGGCACCGCGCUCUAUACAGCCUGCGUCUGCCAAGAACUGGAGUGUGCCAGGAAACUCCUGAGGGAAGGUGCCAAUGUACAGAAAGGCAAAUCCCUGGAUUCGCCUCUGCAUGCAGCUGCAGAGAAAGACUGCACAGCUGUAGUGAAGCUGCUGCUGGACUUUGGUGCAGACGUUAACGCCAGGAACACAGAGUGUCAGAGGCCAGUAGAUGUGGCUCCACCCAGCAGUUUAACAGAGGGCUUCCUACUUCUGCUAUGAAGGUACAAGUUUAAUUCUACACCACGACUGCUGAGCCAGCUGUGUCGUCAGUGCAUCAGGAACUGUGUCGGCCGUGACAGACUCCACCUUCUUUCCCACCUCCCCCUGCCCAGCAGACUCAGAAGCUACCUGCAGUACCAAUGACAAUGAACAACCUAACUGUCUGCCGAAAAGAGACGAAUAGAAAGACGCCUUUGAUACAAAAAGCACUUCAACUCCAUGAACUCUUCCUACCUUUAAUUUUAGCUGCCUGUCAGUGCAGUAAGAGCAAUUAACUGAAAUUAGUCACAGAGCAGCCACUGAGUAGCUGACAAUACCAAGCUGUGUUGAGCUGGCCUGCUUCCCAUGUGUGGACCUGGAUAAAUGUGAAGCAGGAUACUGCUAAAACAAGCCUGCAGGCUCAGCCCUUCCUGGAUAAAUUAUGAUAUAAAAAAUAUAAAAUGAAUACAAUUAUAUUUGUUAUUCAGAUUUGCAGUGUUUAGAAGACACCUUAAUAGUUGCAACAUCUACAAUAGAGUGAUGCACUUUGAAAACUUAACAUAAGAUUACAAUGUACACAAUACUAGAUAAUUAAAAAAUGUUUUGAAACCUAGUGCAUUCCAAAAUUUGUUGUUAUUUUUGCAAAAUACAUAUGUGGACUGUGUUAUUGAAGUUUGACGCAGAGGUGCAGUGGGAUAAUUACAAAAAUCUGAAAACAAAAAUAGUUGACAAGUUAAAGCUUGGAUUAUGGAGCACUGACAACUGGAGGAGGCUGACCUUAUUGGAAAGUCUCAGAUGGAAAAUAUGAGUGGGUGGAGCAGCAAGUGUUUGGUCCUGUUGUUGAGACUGUAGCUAAUAAUGUAAUAAUGUUCCUAAGACAUUAUCAUCUAAAUAACCAUAUGAAUAAUGUAGCAGUAUGUGCAUUUCAUAAUACUGAGCUGAGUUUUUAUCAUCUCUAUUUAAUUGUCUCACUGUUUCAUGGUUAUAUUACACAUCUGUGUUAAUAAAAUUAUUUCAUAUCCUCUUA